AUGACAUCCCAGUUCGAUAGCGCGCUCUCCAACUAUGGCGGAGGCAUGUCAACAUACGGAGACACCACCGUCCUCAACGACUCUCUACCAUCCAAGCCUCCGAAGGAGGCCGUCGCGUCUUCUAGCAAAGUGCUCGGGAAGAUCCCUGAGCGCCCUCAAUAUGAAGAACCGCGCUUUGUUACUCCAAUGAAUAGCAAGCUGGAGCCCCGACCGUUCUUCAUUCCCAUUGGCGAAGGAGGGUUGAUCACUGCAUUGCAGAGGCUCGACGAAGAGCUACAGCAGUCUGGACGAGGUCGAUUGUUAUCCAAGAAGGAGCCAAUUGACUGGACUGGUGAAGAAAUUAUGCCUGGCCACUUGGGUCUCAUCAACCAUGGUGGUAAUCCCAAGGUCUUGAUCAAGCCGGGACGAUACCCAGGCUUCCCCCUUCGUAACUGGUGGGCGCGUACGUGGUGCGGAACUAAAGGCUUGUCCGACACUGUCAUCGAGUUCCAAGGUCUGACAGCAGUCCAGGUUUCUCAGAACCAAGCUGCUGUCGUUUCCGACCCUAAGAAUCAAGUGUUCGUUAUCACAAACUCUGGAUUUGUCGCGUAUGCCGUGGAGGGAACCUAUGAUAUUCUCUCUAUUGUCGAUCAAACCCAUCUCCCGACCGUAGUCAAGGAUAGAUUGACUGGCGUGGUCCUCGGAUGGACGCACGAAGUCAAGAUGAAGAGCAAGGUGGGCAGGACUGGAGGCGAGAAAGACUACGUCGUUGCCACAUUUUUGAACAUUCCAGCCAACAACUGCGCAAUCCUCCAAAGGGGAGACGAACUGGAGUUAAUUGGAGCAGGUCAGACCGUCAUCACCCACCCCAAUGUCACUCUUCGAGGACUGUACACGCUCGGAGAGAACCAAGUCGAGAUGCCCACCAAGGAUAUCUUCACUCGUGAUCAAGUCCCUGUUAGCUUGACCAUUUAUUUGAAGUGGCAACUGACCGAGCCGCUCAAACUCGCUACUCAUGGCUAUCAAACGCCGUACGAGGCUCUUCGGGACAAGACACAGUCUAUUCUCACUCAAGUUAUGGCCCAUCUUGAUUACUCCUCAAUGGUUAAGCAACGAUCACUUGGUCCAGACAACCUCGACGAUGGCACGGACCCAUCUUCAGCGUUCUUGGACGCUCUUCGAACCCGUGCCAUGGAUGAAAUGCACGAGGCUGCUUUGGAAUAUGGCAUCGUGCUGAAAGAUCUUGCCGUUAUCGACCGUCAGUUCAAGGGAGAGAUUGCCUCUACAAUGGACAAGUUGACAACUCGUGGUUUGCAAGCACAGGUUGAGGCUGCGAACGUCGAUCGCGAGAACAGCAACAAAGUCAAAGCGGAAGAAGGUGCACUCGAAGUAACCCGUAUCAAGGCUCUUCAGAAGAACACCGAGGCAGACGCCGAAGCCUACCGGGUUAUCGCAGCCGCCAAAGCCCAGGCAGAGAGGACAAGGAUCGAGUCCGAGGCCGUUGCGGCGGCGACGAGGAUCCAAGCGGAGGCAGAAGCAGAGGCCGUCCGGAUCAAGGCGCAGGCCGACGCCCUUGUUGUGGACCCUUUCGCCAGAGAGAUGGGGUUGCGCAGGGUCGACGUGUCGCGAAUCAAAGCUUUCGGUUCCAAGACGGUCUUUGUUCCCUCCGAUACUGGCAUGGGUGGACAAAUGGGCAGUGCUUUGGCUUUGGGUAUGGCAGCGUCUAUGGGAGCGGCCGCGAAUGGCGCCGCAAAGUAG